UUGAGAAACUUGAUUGUCUUGAGGCCCCAGGACACCUGCCCUGCUAUGCUGUGCCUUCUGUCCUCCAGGCUGCUAGUCAGGAUGUGGAGCAGGACUUCGGAAAAACAGUCAUGGAGGUACAGCAAUCAGACGUCUUCCCCAGGUCUCAUCCAUCGACUUGACCACAUUGUGAUGACAGUAAAGAACAUUAAAGAUACCACCAUGUUUUAUUCCAAGAUCCUGGGCAUGGAGGUCACAACUUUCAAGGAAGACCGAAAAGCACUGUGUUUCGGAAACCAAAAAUUUAACCUCCACGAGGUGGGAAAGGAAUUUGAGCCCAAAGCUGCUCACCCAGUCCCUGGCUCCCUGGACAUAUGCCUGAUCACAGAGGUGCCUUUGGAGCAAAUGAUCCAGCACCUCAAGGCUUGUGAUGUUCCCAUUGAGGAGGGUCCAGUCCCCAGAACGGGGGCAAAAGGGCCUAUUAUGUCCAUCUACUUCAGGGACCCUGACAGAAAUCUGAUUGAGGUAUCCAACUACAUUUCAUCAUAAUCGAGCCUGGCCCCCCUCCACUCUGUUCCCUGUGAUGUUGCCCUCUCCCUUCAUUCUUGAAAACCCUUGCCCACACCUCUGAAGACUAAAAAUGUAGGCACUCCACACAUCCUACUGGGGUGACAUAAGAAAAAUUUGACCAAACCUGUAUGUCCGGAUGUCCUCUAUCCAAGCUGCCCCAAUAAAUGAAU